AUGAAUACAUUUGAAGAAGAUAUAGAUCAAAUAGAUAGCGAUAUUUAUGUUGAUUUAUACGGAUUUGAAUACAAGUAUUCAGAAGAUUCAGAAUUAAUCGAAGAGUUAAAGUUGCAAAAGAAAUUAGAAGAAGAUAGAUUUGAAGAAUGGACACAUUAUAUUCAAAGCACAUGCAUUUCAGAAGAUGAAAUUUUUAGAUAUAUCAAAAGACACUCAGGCGAAGAAUCAUUUAAAGAAAUUCUAUCGCAUGGAAUUCACCCAAAAUUUAGAAAGGAAAUAUGGACGAUAUUUUUAGAUAGCUUCAAUUUAGAUUUUAAAAAGGGAUAUUAUUGGUCAUUAUUAAAAAAUCAAGAAGAAAAUUACAAUGGAGAAGAUAAUAGUAGCCCACAUUCAUCAGCACCCCUAACAACUGCACUUGAAAUAUCAAGAGCAAGCUCAUAUAACGAUUUAUCAACAUUAAACUCACCAACAAACUUAUCAGUAAUUUCAUCCUCAACCGAUUCAUUAAAAGAUGAUGACUCAUUAUACAAUAAAUCAAAUAGUAUAACAUUUAUAAGAUAUAAACAUGAAAUUUUAUCGGAUUUAGAAAGAACAUUCCCAACACAUCCUAAAUCUUUAGAUCCAGAUUUUAAAGAAAAGUUAAAAAGAAUAUUAUUUGUAUUUAGUGAAACGAAUCCAAAUGUUGGUUAUUGUCAAUCUUUAAAUUAUAUAACAUUUUUUUUGUUAAUGAUUAUUGAAAAUGAGGAACAGGUUUUUUGGUGUUUAUCAUAUAUUACAGAUCAAUUAUUGGUUGAAUACUAUAAUAAAACAAUGUUGGGAAGUCAAGUCGAUCAAAGUGUAUUAUUAGAUUUACUGGAAGAGAUAUUUCCCGAAUUAAAUAGCCAUUUAAAUUCUAUUGGGGCAGUUAUACCGGUAUUAUCAAUGGAAUGGUUUUUAUGUUUGUUUACUGUAUCACUACCAUCUCAAGCAACAUUAAUAAUUUGGGAUAACUUUUUCGUUAGAGGCAGUAGAGUUUUAUUAGAGAUUGCAUUGGGUUUAAUCGAAAUGAAUAUGAACCAAUUGAUGAAUGCCAAAAACCAUAUACAGGUAACAGAAAUCCUAUCCAACAAACCUUUUAAUCCUGAGCUAUUCAAAACUAUUCAAAAUUCUUACAAAAGAAUCGGUGUUGUAUUGUCAAAGAAAAGAAUUCAAGAUCUAAAGCUAAAGCAUUGGGAAAUAACAAAGAAACAGGUUAAAGAAAAAGAAGAACAGAAGGAUUUAAGACAUCUUUUGAAGAUCACCAAGUUUGAUAUUCAAAAACUAAAAGAACUUAAAGAAGAAUUUGAUUUCCUUUCUGUUGAUGGAACUGGUAUAGGCUUUUUACAAUUCCAACAAUUAAUAUUAAGAUUUUUACCAGAUUGGAAUAAUUGCGAAAACAGUUUACUCUUCAAAAUGUUUAAAAGAAUCGAUAAAGAUGAGGAUAAUUUAUUAGAUUUUAAAGAAUUGGUCGAAGCACUGUCAGUUUUAUCGCACGGAAACAUUGACCAAAAAUUAAAAUUUAUUUUCAAAUUGUUUGCAAUUGAGUACAAGGAUUUUAUUACCAGAAAUGAAUUAAGAAAUUUAAUAGAUCAUGUUCAUUUUAUUUAUUUUGAACCAUAUCUAAAAGAUUAUCCAGACGAAAUAAAGGGUGAAUAUUUAAAAAAAAAAGAAGAUUUUUUAAUAUCAGUAAAGGAGAAGUCAUCAUUUCAAGAUUUAAAACAAAUUGCUUAUGAAAAUCCCUUAAUUAUUGAAAGUUUUAGAAUUUCUACUUCCUCUCCUACUUUAACAAGUAGUAAUGGUGCUGGUGGUAGUGGCGGUGGAGCUGUUAAUAUUAGUGGUUAUUCAAGUACAGGUACAAGCACCCAUAGUGCAUUGAAAUCAAGUAAUAGUAGUAGUAAUCUAGCAGAUCAAGGUAAUAGCAAUACAGAAAAAAACUCGUCUAACAAAAGAAGGAGCGAUUCAUUUCAUCUCUUAAAUUUAGAAGGUCAAACCCAUUUAGCAAUUAAAAAAGAGCAACAAAAAAAACAAGAGCAACUUCAACAGCAACAAAUGCUACAACAAAAACAAAAAGAAAAAGAGAAAUUAGAAAAGCACAGAUUAAAAUUAAAAUUGGAACAAGAGAAACAUCAAAGAGAAAAAGAAGAAAAAGAUCAACCACAAUUACAAGAUAAAAAUUUAAAAUCACCAACAAAAAAUAUAGAUAAAAAUAACAAUAAUAACAGCAGUAACAAUAAUAAUAGCAAUACCACCCCUCAAUCAAGCCCUUUAAAAAAAUCAAACUCGGAUGAUUAUUCAUAUGGAUCCUCUAUUUUAAAAAAAUUAGAACCAAUUAAGAAAAUAAUAGAUAAUAGUAAUAGUGUCACCAAUGUUUUCAAAAAAAGUGGUGAGGUUUAUGAAAAAAAAGAUCAAAAAAAAGAUUUAACCCAGCCACCACAACAAAUAAAAGAAAAGGAAGCUGAUAAACCAUCAACAUCAGAACAAUCGGAUCAAGAUCAACCACCACCACCAUUAGGCGAUUCCUGUUUGAUUAUAACUGCACAUUCAGUUACAACCAAAAGAAAUAAUGUUUUAAUAAAUAUUUCAGUUGAUGGUGUUGACGGUUAUGGGGAAUGUGGUUUACCACCAAAAAAACCAUUAUGUUAUUUAGCAGACUUCAAUAAUAUUGAAAAUUAUUAUAAUCAAUGGAUUAAAGAAGUGGACGAAAAGCAAAAGAGUUUAAAACAAGAUCAGGAUUUCUUUUAUGACUCAUUCAAAAAAUUACCAAAGGAAUACUUUGAAAAACUUAGAGAUAAAAACACCACAUAUUCAGUUGUUGACCAGGCCUAUCAAUUUUUAUUCGAAUGUUUAGAUGAAUGCAGCGAAAAUACAAAAGACUAUUCAUAUGCUUCAAGAUGUGCAAUUGAAAUGGCAUUAUUAGAUGGUUGGGGAAAAACUUUAAAACUCCCAAUUUACAAAAUGGCUAAUUUAGUGGCCUCAGAACCUAAGCCAUUCUACUAUACCGUAUCAAUGUGCCCAACUAUGGAAGAAAUAUUAGAUUCAACCGAUUUUGGUUCAAAAUACACCAGUUUCUUAAAAAUUAAAUUGGAUCAGGAUGUAGAAAAAGGGAUGAAUAUCAUUAACCAUGUUAAAGAUUAUUUAAAGAAACACAAUAAACCAAUUGCAAAGAUCUCUGUCGAUGCCAAUAGCUCAUGGACACCUCAAGUUGCCAGAUUAUAUUUAGAAAAGCUUGAGCCAAUGGCUGAUAUCAUCUCCAUGGUAGAGCAACCAUUUCCAAUUGAAACAUUAAAAUCUACAUCAGGUGCUGCCCCGUUAGAAUCAGAGUUAAAUGAAUGGGUUUCAAUUAAAAAGGAAUAUCAAGAUAAAGGUUUUUUAAUUUUUGCAGAUGAAUCUAUUUGCACCGAAAAAGAUUUAGACUCAUUAGUUCAAUUAGUACAUGGUGUCAAUAUUAAAUUAGAAAAAACAGGAGGUAUCAGAUAUGCAAUUUCAACACUAUUAAAAGCUAAAGAAAUGGGAUUAAAAACUUGGAUAGGCUCAAUGGUAGCCUCAAGUCUAGAUGUGUCAGCUGCUGCUCAUUUACUUUGCUCACUUUCAGAUUUUGGUGGUGACCUUGAUGGUGGUUUAUUAAUAGAUGACGAAACCCAGCUAUUUAAAAACGAUGCAUUCGAUUUAGUUGAUAAUGGAUUAAUUAAAAUCAAUCCUAACCAUUAUGGUGUUGGUGUAACUAAAAAAUAA